AUGGCAGAUAUCAAGACUGCAAUCAUUGCUGCUGAGGAAUCUUAUGAAGCUGCCAUCAAUGGCACUGACCUAGAUGCCAUCGUCAACCACUACACUGAUGAUGCACGUGUAUUACCUCCAGGUGCAGAAACAAUCUCUGGAAAAGAGGCUAUUAAGGAAUACUUUGCUUCUUUAGCUGCAUUGGGUAUUGCUAAAAGUGAAUUUGUAACUGAAGAAUGUGGCGGUGAAGGCACUCAUGGUUUCUUGCGUUAUAGCAGCAAACUGUACAAGGAGGAUGGAUCACUUUUCGAAGAAGGAAAGGGUGUUGUCUUGUAUAGCAAGGACAGUGAUGGCACAUGGAAGAUCUUCCUCGAUGUUGCCAACUCUAAUAAGCAAUAAACACCAUUACAUAGGUGUAACUUGGUCAUGUUGAAAAAUAACCAACAAACAUGACCAAUUAAGUAGCUAUUACUAUUAUCGUAUGCCUUUCAUGAUUGAGAUAUUAAGCAUCGAAAUGCAUAUUUCUAAAAAUAUGUAUGUAUGAU